AUGACUCGUUACACGGUCAAUCGUUAGAACAAUGUAAUCGAAAUUAACGGAAUAAAACUAAAUUAUUACAUUCUGUGAACGUAAGGAAUGAAGACGUGAAUUCUAAUUAUUUUAAACCUAAGAGAAAGUCUAUGCCAUAAUUGAAUCCUCAUAAUUAUAAGUUAAUAUAUAACAACUGGCGACGUGGAAAAUAAGUGAAUAGUGAAUCUCAAACGGAAUAAUCCCUGUAGUAAGGAAAUUCCAGAGUGAGCUGUAUAAGUGUUUAGCAGAGUUUUUGUAGGGAGAUCUGCAUUUCACUUCGCUCAUUUUGCAUUGCUCGGUCGAACCAUUGUCUCGUUUCAUAAUCAUUGAGAGCUAGCAGUUACCGCCUUCCCAGCCCACUCACAACGGGAAGCUAAAAUAUCAUCUAGUGACCAGCGGUGAGUGUGUGAACAAUUGUGAGGUGGUCAAGCAGUUCGAGAGAGUUACUAUUGCUCGCGAGAGUAACCUUUAUGCUGCGUGAGUUUUACGGUGAGCUGUGAGAAAGUGAGAAGGUUGUGCCUCACAAACGUAAACAAGUGGUUUGAGAACAUCUAACAUAUCUGCAGCUACUAUUCCGCGUUUAUCCCAGUGCUAAAAGGUUCAUCAAGUAAGUGAUUGAUACUAUAGACAAUGCCUUCCUUCGGUACCUUGGAUCAUUAUGUAAAGGGCACAUCUUUUACAAACUAUGUGGAACGUUUGGAGCAUCUCAGUUCUUUCAAUGGUUGGACAGAGGAAAAUAAGAAAUCAGUGUUGAUUGCUCUUACCGGUCCAAUUGUGUAUGACGAAUUGAAGCUUAUGUUUCCGACUGUUGAAUUAGCGACAUUAAAUUAUGCGGACAUGAUUAAAAAGUUGAAGGAACGGUUUGACAAGGUCGACCCCGAUAUGAUGCAGCGGUUUUACUUCUACAACAGAUUCCAAAAAGUAGAUGAAUCGGCUGAAAGUUACAUUUUGUCGGUAAAACUACAAGCCGAACUUUGCAAUUUCCAGCAAUUCAAAGAAACUGCAAUAAGGGAUCGUUUGAUAAUGGGGUUAAUGGAUCGGGAAUUACAAAAAUCUCUUCUGAUGUCGGAGACUCUGACACUUGAGGCAAUAGAGAAGAAAUUGCUGGGCAGUGAGGUAGCUAAUAGACAAACUAAGGCAAUGGCUAGCGAGUCUAGGAAAGACGAGGUGCAUUCAGUCAAAAGUAGAUUAGGAAAAAAGGUAGGAGAAUAUAGCCGAGACUAUGAUCGUAACAAGACAUAUAGAGGCAGAGGUGCUAACAGGUACGACAGACGAGUUAAUUUUCGAGGUAGGUCUCCUGCGGAAGUUAGAAAUCGUGGUGCAUAUGCUAAUGCAAUUUGUAAUUAUUGCAAAAAACGAGGUCAUCUGAGAAGAGACUGUUUCAGUUUAAAGAAUAGGAACUCGGUGCACCAUGUAGAGAAGGGUGACAAAGACACCAGCUAUGAUUUCAAGAGACAAGGUGGACAGGACAGCUCGGGCGAUGAAACAGAUGGAAUGGAAUGCUUGAUGAUUUCUGCUAUUAAGAAGUUAAAUGAACCGUGCAUGAUCAAAACAAGGGUGCAAAACUGUUUUUGA